UGCAAGCUCUAAAAUACUGAGCCAUACAGUCCUAGGAGAGGAGUGCAAGAGUGGAGGAAGCAGGUGGUGAAUGGACACACUGGAGAGCACCCUCUAAGUGGGUAAAGUGCCUUUUAAGAGUAGCUCAUUAAGAGCAAACUACAAGGCUCUUUGGACAUCCAGAGGUUGAUGGUCUAUUUAUAUUUUCUUCAAGAAGCAGAAGGGAGGAGAUUUGGAAGCUAAGGGGGACCUUGAGGUGUUUGAGUGCUCAAGUGGAUCUCAGAGUGCUCGUCUUUUAACUGUACGACCCAGCGAGCUUCCAUAGCAAUGUGGAUCUUGGAGCUGGUGCUGGGGUUGGUAUGGCUAGCAGGGAUGACUAAUGGUCAGAAUGAAACGGAACCUAUUCUUCUGGAGGGGAAAUGCCUGGUGGUUUGUGACUCUAACCCGACUUCUGACCCAACUGGCACUGCACUGGGCAUCUCUGUGCGCUCCGGAAGUGCCAAAGUGGCUUUCUCUGCCAUCAGGAACACCAACCAUGAGCCCUCUGAGAUGAGUAACAAAUCCAUGACUAUAUACUUUGACCAGGUAUUGGUUAAUAUUGGAAACUGUUUUGAUUCGGAAAGAAGCACCUUCAUAUCCCCCAGAAAGGGGAUUUACAGCUUUAAUUUCCAUGUGGUGAAAGUGUACAAUCGACAAACUAUUCAGGUGAGCCUGAUGUUGAAUGGAUGGCCGGUGAUUUCUGCCUUUGCGGGUGACCAGGAUGUGACAAGAGAAGCAGCCAGCAAUGGUGUUCUUAUUCAAAUGGAGAAAGGAGACAGAGCUUACCUAAAAAUAGACAAGGGCAAUUUGAUGGGAGGAUGGAAGUUUUCAACAUUUUCUGGAUUUCUGGUAUUCCCCCUUUAAAAUGACAAUUUUUCCCCCCCUAGAGCAGCAAGCGACAAAGGAGAGAUUGUUUGCUAUUGCCCCCAAAUAGCUGCACUUAGAGACUCAGACGGGACCUUUUUCACUUUGAAAUAUCCAAGACCCCCACAUAUCUAAUUGUGUGUUCACCUGCUUCGGAAACUUUAAUAUUGUAACAGACAAGGAACUAGUGAGAUCAGCUGUCAUUUCAUUAUAUUACACUUUUAGGGGGAAAAAAAGAGACCUUUGGUUACUUUAUAUCCUUUGAUUUAUGUCAUUGUUGCCUAAUUAUCUGGUUUAACCCCCUCUAUGCCAUACAACAUCAUUUUCUUUGUCUCAGUUGAACAACCGGUAGAGAAUACUAUGGAGAUAUCAUGUAUAUUGGCUUCUAGAUGACGCCGGAAAUAUCUAAGAAGGCACCGUGGCGGAAUGGUGUACUCAAUAUUUCUCUGUAUUUCUGAGUGGUUGUGGAAAUAAAGGCUGCUACAUGUCUGAUGCUUGUUCUGCUCUUGUAAAACGUGGCCCAAAUACAAGCGAUAGAAGUAUAUCCAAUAAUUAUACUCUGUACUAUAGGUGUGAAUGCUGGAAUGUCGUUUGCUUCUUAUGAUUUUGUAUAUUUCUAACCCAGCUAUCCCGGUCAUACGCAAAAAACAAACAAACAAAAAAACGAGUCUGUAAGUAUUAUAAAGUAUGGUCGGAAAAUGUCAAAUAUUAUUUUUUAAUGAAUAGAAUUUUGAAUUUAGGGUUAUGAUCUGUCUUAUGUCUGUUUUAACUGAAAAUUUUUCAGUUUUAACUCUUAAUAUUGCAUGUUCAAAAUUUAGCCCAAAAAUCCCAAACACCUUUCUGGAUCCAUGUACAUUAUACAAUGAUGCCUAAGGAAAAGGUGCGCAUAAAGACGCACCGAAAUAAUAACUGUAUAUACACAUGAUAAUAUAUAUAUAUGUAUACAUAUAUGUAUAUAUAUAAAAGCCUUUUCGUUCUGUUCAGAUGUUAUCUGUAUGCAGCCGUCCGAUACGUCACGGUUUAUCAUUUCUUACUAUUGUCUAUUUGUUUGCUAUUUUAUAAUUUUUACUGUUAUUUCCAAAAAAUGUAAAUGCUAUAAUUUUGCAGCACUCAGAGAUGACUACUUUUAUGAUAGUGAAUAUGGGAAG